GUCUGGAAUGUACAUUAUUUGAUUGGUGUAGAAUUUAGUCUAUAUAUGUUAUCUGGACAGACUAGAAUGUAGUCUACACAGUCUAGAAUGUAGUCUAGACAGUAGAACAUUGGUCAGACUUUUCAGUAGAACAUCCAUGUGACUUCUCAAACAUUUUCGGGAGAGUCUGGAAGAUACAUUGUCUAGAAAGUCUAGAAUGUAGUCUAGACAGGAGAAUAUCAGCCAGCUUUCUCAAAGAUUGUCUAUAGUCUGGCCUAUACAUUGUCUAGACAGUCUAAAAUAUAGUCUAGACGGUAGAACAUUGGUCAGGCAUCUAAAAGGGAGCCUGCAGGGCCAGUCUAGAACAUAGGGUGGUCUAGAAUGUAGUCUAGACAGUAGACCAUUGGUCAGACUUCUUAAACAUUGUCUAUAGAGUCUGGAAUAUACAUUGUUUAGGCAGUCUAGAAUGUAGUCUAGGCAGUAGAACAUUGGUCAGACUUUUCAAAGAUUGUCUGAAUAGUCUGCAGUAUACAUUGUCUGGGAAGUCUAGAAUUUAAUCUAGACAGUAGAACAUCCAUGUGACUUCUCAAACAUUGUCUGGAGAGUCUGAAUAUAUAUUGUCUGGUCAGUCUAGAAUGUAGUCUAGACAGUAGAACAUUGGUCAGACUUCUCAAACGUUGUCUGAAGAGUCUGGAAUAUACAUUGUUUGUUCAGACUAGAAUGUAGUCUAGACAGUAGAACAUUGGUCAGAGUUCGUAACAUUGAAGAGUCUGGAAUAUACAUUGUCUGGACAGUUUAGAAUGUAGUCUAGACAGUAGAACAUUGGUCAGGCACCUAAACAUUGUUUGGAGUGCCUGGAAUAUACAUUGUCUGAAAAGUCUAGAAUUUAAUCUAGAUCAUAUAACAUCAGUGUGACUUCUCAAACAUUGUCUGGAGUGUCUGGAAUAUACAUUGUCUGAAUAGUCUAGAAUGUAGUCUUGACAGUAGAAUAUCAGUCAGACUUCUCAAACAUAGAUUGUACAGUCUGAAAUAUAAUCUAUUCAGCCCAGAACACUAUCCAGACUUUUCCCUUGUGUGCUGAUCACUUUGGAAGCCCACCUGAAGAUGAAAAUGGAAGAACCCAGAGAUCCUGCAUUAGGGAACGCCUGGGAACGAACUGAGGAGGUGCCUCGCGUCUUUCCGGCUGAAAAUAUCCAAGAGUUCCUGCAUCGGAUAAAAGGCGAACGGCUUCGGAAGGAAUCGUGCGAGUGGAACGAGGCCUUCCAGCAAUGGGAAGACCAAUGGGAGGAAUUCCUGGAGAAGAUGGCUGCUCCUCACGCCAGGUGGGGAACCCCAUGUGGCGCGACUGAGGAGCCCACGCCAUGGGGAGACACGAAGGGCUUUCUGGAGGCCUUUGAGCAAGUGGCCAGGGCUUGUCGGUGGCCCAAGGACGAGUGGGUGGCCCGCCUUUCUCCAGCCCUCAGCGGGGAAGCCAAGCAGGCCUUCGGGCGGCUGGAGACCCGCGACCGAGGUGACUACGGGAGGGUCAAGGCAGCCCUUCUGGAAGGGGACGCCCACGGCCGGGAGAGGCAACGCCAACGCUUCCGGUGCUUCGGAUACCAAGAGGCCGAGGGGCCGCGAGGGGCUUACGGGCAUCUCCGGCAACUGUGCCAGCGGUGGCUGAGACUUGAGCGGCACUCCAAAGAGCAGAUCCUGGAGCUGUUGGUUCUGGAGCAAUUCCUGGCCAUCUUGCCCUCGGAAGUCCGGUUCUGGGUUGGCCAAAGCGUGCCGGAGACCUGCUCCCAGGCGGUGGCCCUGGCAGAGGACUUCCUCCUCCGGCAGCGAGGGACCAAGAACCAAGAGACACAGGUAGGAUUGGAGAAGGAUGCUGAAGACUUCUCUAGGGAUAGCCGGACCUCACCGGAUGUCGAACAAAGACCACCAUGCAUUGAAGGCAAGGAAGAUGGGAAUAGCAUGUUGGGAGCAGAAUGGGCCGGCCCUGAUGAGAAAGAGGAAUGCCUACCGGGAGAUCCAGAACCUGUGGAACUCCCCGCCGCUUCAGCAUGGGAAGGAGCAGGGAAUAUUUACCAAAGCUGUGAGCCAACCAAUACCUCUGGUAGCCAGAGGAGGGCAGAGGCUCAACGGGAAAUCCACCUCCUGGAAAAAGCAAAUGAAGCUGUUCUUUCUUGGGAAAAUGGUGAGGUGAAAACAACUGACCAAGCUGAUGAUACAUGGGCAAGUGAGAACGAGAAACCAGUUGAAACACUAUUGGACAGAAUAAAGUCUGAGGAACUGAAGACUCAAGAUGGGGCAACAAGGCAAAGCGGGAACCACACAGAAAAUUGGGGAGAUAAAUACAUUCCUUACCAGAGCAAAGAUGUCCGUGGGACACCGCCGCAGCCACGGAGAGAUGCAGAAAAGAGAUGGAACGGGUGCCUCCGCGCAGAGAAGGAGGCAAAUGAAAACAUCAGACCUGAAAAGAGUUUCCAUUGGAAUCAGUCUGUGCCCGGUUGCCACGCUGUCCUCAAAGACAAGAAGCUCUACCCCUGUUUGGAGUGCGAAAGAGGCUUCCAUCACAGCUCCAGCCUCCCUUCCCACCCGAGGAGUCCGGCAGCGGAAAGACCCUACAAAUGCUCCGGCUGCGGGAAGAGCCUCAGUUCACACCAGAGAGCAAGGACGUACCAUUGCUUGGAUUGCAACCACACCUUCCACGACCAGCAGAAGAGAAGCCAUGCCGGGGAGAAACCCUAUAAAUGCUCAGAGUGUGGGAAGAGCUUCAGCCAGACCGCCAGCCUCGCUUUGCACCAGCGGACGCACACCGGCGAAAAGCCCUACGGCUGCUCCGAAUGCGACAAAGCUUUCGGCGAUCAGUCGAGUCUGGUUAAACAUAAGAGGAUCCACGCCGGAGAAAAGCCCUUCAAGUGCUUGGACUGCGAGAAGAGUUUCGGCCAAAGCCCGAGCCUGAGUUUGCACCAGCGGAUACAUGCCGGGAAGAGGCCGUAUAACUGUUCCGAUUGCAGCAAGAACUUCUCGGACCCGGCGGGCCUUAUUAAGCACAAGAGGAUUUACACGGGAGACAAGCGCUACGCCUGCAUCCAAUGUGGCAGGAGUUUCAGCCAGAGCAUCAACCUCAAUUCGCACCAGAGAAUCCAUGUGGAGGAAGAAACACCACUAUGAAGUGUUCAAUUUGUUUAGUUCGGGUAUGGGCCAACUUGGGCCCUCCAGGUGUUUUGGACUCCAACUCCCACAAUUCCUAACAGCCUACCGGCUGUUA